AUGUUUAUAAAAAAAUUAUCAAAGACCCUCCCAUAGCAAAUAUUUAAAUUGAAUGUAAAUACACCUUUAUUUUAUUCUUCCGGUUUACCUUCUCAUAAAAUAAAUGAUUUCAAUACCGACUCAACUCCUUUUGAAUUUACUGACGAAAAUUACUAAAAAAUCGAAAAAAUAUUAGCAAAAUAUCCCAAAAAACAAAAGCGUUCAGCUGUAAUGCCAUUACUAUAUCUAGCCUAAGAAUAAAAUAACAAUUACGUAUCAUUAUCGUCUAUGAAAAAAAUAGCUAAAAUUUUAGAAAUCGCAGACAUGGAAGUAUACGAAGUAGCGUCUUUUUACACAAUGUACAAUCGAGAACCUGUGGGAAAAUUCCAUAUUUAAAUUUGUGGAACUACCCCUUGUUAAUUAUGCGGAUCUAGGGAAAUUACAAAAGCAAUUGAAAAUUAUACAGGAACUAAAUUAGGUCAUACAUCUCCAGACAUGAAAUGGACUAUUUAAGAAGUGGAAUGUUUAGGUGCUUGUGUUAAUGCUCCUAUGAUUUAAGUUAAUAACGAAAAAGUUUACGAAGACUUAAAUACUGAAAAUGUAGUCGAAUUACUUAAAAAAUUAGAAAAUGGAACAGCUGUACCUGGACCUUAGGUUAAAAGAAAUUAGUGCGAAGGUGUUAUGGGAAGAACUACUUUGAAAGAAUAAAGCGUUUUACAUGGAGAAAUUAAAUAUACUCGUGAUUUUGCGAAGGCUAAGUAAGAUUGGGUAGCUUAAAAAGAACUUGAAAAAGCUGAAGCUGAAAAAAAAAAAGCUGCUGCUGCUGCUUAAGCUAAGAAAUGAAAAAAUUAUUUUUUAGG